AGAGACUCUAUCGUUUCUUUGUCUCCUCAACUCCAUCUCAACACCAUUACUGCCAGCAUCACUCCAGUCGAUCCUCCUUCUCAUACACGACUUGUCAACUUCCAAGUUACCAAGGACCAUUCGCCCCCUCUUGCAGUGUUCCGUACACUCACCACUCAUCUGCCCGCGACUCUCUGCACUGCACUUUCGUGCAACCGCCUCAGCUCAAACCCAUCCCAGACGACCUCCAUCUUCGUUCAACCCUCUAACCACCGACGCCGUCCUUCCUCCUCCCUCCUUCCCCUCUCCCCCGCCAUCGCUAUCUGAGAUUCAAUCUAUCACCACGCCCGAUAUAUCUCUUCUCAUUCCUUGGUCUCUCGACCAGAGGGAACCCUUUCCAGGGUUUGGUUGACAGCACCAGUAAAUCGUGACAUCUGACGCAGUCUCCCCAUCUGCGUCCUUCACCCUCCUCACCAUGACCUCCCCAGUGCCGCUUCUUCGGCCACCAGUGCCAGGUGGUCGAAGCCAAAGCGGCAACCGGACACCUCGCCUCACCCUGGGCAUUCCUCCUUCGCCAAAUGCCAAACCAGUCAACCCAGAUCUUUCACAGCCUACAGAGAUUCCUCGUUUCAGCCUCGCUGCCAAAGCUACUCCUAAACUAUCACUUGCAACGCCCAUGGGAAGUCACGCCUCCGUACAAGAAUCUGGCCCAUCACAUUUUAAGCCUACCGUACAGCCACUAAACAUUGCUGCCGUGCACGGCGCCGAUUCCACCAGUCGACCGCGAGGGGAUAGUUUCCACAAUGCCAGCGUACCGGGCUCGGCGUCAAGCUCCACAUACUCUGCUCUCUCAUUCGCUAUGCAGGGAGGUCGUCAAGGUGGAACCCCAGAUCCAUCCUCAGCCAUAAGCUCAAUCUACUCUGAGGCGAGUAUAGGAGGGGCUUCGAUGGAACGAGAAGGUAGUAUGGGUGGCCUGUCAAUUGACUUCGAUAAGUUGAGCCUUGAGAAGGGCAGACCUCUCGACGUCGAAGAUCUAGAUGAUGAAGGAUGGGGUGCGGCUAGCGAACAGAAGAAGAUUAUUGAACUCGGUUCUUUGGGAGAAGGUGCUGGUGGUGCGGUCACAAGGUGCAUGUUGGAAGGGGGCAAGACGAUUUUUGCGCUCAAGAUCAUCACAACUAGUCCUGACCCAGACGUCAAGAAACAGAUUCUGCGAGAGCUCAAGUUCAACAAGAACUGCACCUCGGAAUACAUCUGCCAGUACUAUGGCGCCUUCAUGGACAAGUCGUCCUCAACGAUUUCUAUUGCCAUGGAAUUCUGCGAAGGCGGCUCGUUGGAUAGUGUGUACAAAGAGGUCAAAAAGCUCGGGGGCCGUACGGGCGAGAAAGUACUUGGAAAGAUUGCCGAGGGAGUUUUGCAUGGCUUAACUUAUCUCAACGGCCGGAAAAUCAUCCAUCGAGACAUCAAGCCUUCAAAUAUCCUACUCUGUCGCAACGGCCAAGUCAAGCUCUGUGAUUUUGGUGUCUCGGGCGAGUUUGGUACCAAAGGAGAUGCCAACACCUUUAUCGGGACCUCGUACUACAUGGCCCCUGAGCGAAUACAGGGUCAAUCGUACACCAUCACCUCGGACGUCUGGUCACUUGGUGUAACUCUUCUCGAAGUGGCCCAACACCGUUUCCCCUUCCCUGCAGACGGCACGGAAAUGCAACCUCGGGCGGGACUGAUUGAUCUCCUUACCUAUAUUGUUGCCCAACCCAUUCCAAAGCUAAAAGAUGAGCCUGACAAUGGCAUCAAAUGGAGCGACAUGUUCAAGUAUUUUAUCGAAUGCUGUCUGGAAAAGGAGCCUCCUCGACGGGCAACCCCUUGGCGCAUGCUCGAGCACCCAUGGAUGACAGAAAUGAAGGCCAAAAAGGUCAGCAUGAGUUCCUUUUUAACGCAGGUCUGGGACUGGAAGGAUUGAGGCCUGAUUUUCGUGGCUGCGGGCUGGGAUUGAAGGUCGAUAUGGGCGGAUGGAUUUCUCCACACCUUCAAUGGCACAGAUGUACUGAGCUGCCGUGACGCAAGAAUGUCUGUCAAAUGAAGACGGUUGGAUAUUCCGAAGACAUUGUUCGAGCCCAAGAGUCUUGUUGACUUCAGCGCAGAAGAAUUUCCUUUGGAUGGAAAGCACGCAACAAGUGGCUAGGCUUGAUACGAAACGUCUCAAGUAUUAGUCCGGCUCGAGCUGUGUUUUUGUACGAAACUGCUUGACUACUACUGCCUGUCUACCUGGAGGCGACCUGCACCAGUUGACUUGGUUUACUGGUGCCCAUUCAUGGAGCCAAGAACAAGCGAGAAGAUGCAUGUUGCUACAUGUCUUCAUCCCCAAACUUGGCCUGUCCAAGGCGACGGAUGAUGGGCUGCAGGUUGGCUUAUCCAGGAAUAUCCAAGCCUCCGUCAUCACACGAUCUUGCAUCUUCAAAUCAGGAUAGGAGAUAGUCUUGCAUACUAGAACCCAGUAGAUUUAGGCUCUAUUAUUAUCCACGGGUCAAGGCCUGUGGCCGUUGACCUCCCAAAGUCAAUG